ACCAACAAAAAACAACAAAACGACAAAAAACGAAUACGAAAGUUAAGGCUUGCUAAAAUACACAUAAACCAACCGUAGAAAGCAACGUAGUAAACGAAACGAAAAUAUAGAAAAGUAGGGAAUAGAGAGAGAGAGAGUGGAGAAGAGGAAAAGAGCUAAUUCCUGGUGCGUAUAACUCCAUUAGAGGAACAAUUAGCAUAGUCAAGGACGACGCAACGAGAAGUGCCAACGAUAAUUCAAUCAAAGACCCAGAAGAAGUUGCUUGAAAAUCAUCCUGCUCCAGUCCUGCGGCCUGGUGCUGCCUCCUGCCUGAAAGCGGACUAAAAACGAACUGGGGAAACUGUGGAAAACUCCAUCGAAACACUCGGAUAAAGUGGAAAACGUGUGCGUGCGCGUGUGAAAAAGUUUUCUCUGGUAUCCUGGUAUCUGGGCGAGAGUGUUUUAAUUCGAACACUUGGCAAGUUUUCCCUCCCUCUCCAACCAUCGUCCGUCCAUUCGGAAAAUGGACCGUCACCGACAUCGCCAUCGCCUCAGCAUGUGGCCCACGUUCGCCGUCUGUCUGCUGCUCCUGCAGGCGACCACAACCACGAUGGCCAUCGAUCUGAGUCGCCUCUACGGCCACAUGGCCAAUCCGGUGCAGAAGCGUAGCGAUCCCUGUCAUCCAUACGAACCAUUCAAGUGCCCCGGCGAUGGUAAUUGCAUUUCCAUUCAAUAUUUAUGCGAUGGUGCACCCGAUUGCUCUGACGGAUACGACGAGGAUAUGCGUCUUUGUACGGCGGCCAAACGACCACCGGUGGAGGAGACGGCAUCCUUCCUUCAGAGCCUGAUUGCAUCGCAUGGACCCAACUAUUUGGAGAAGCUUUUUGGCAGCAAGGCCCGAGAUGCCCUUUCCCCUCUGGGCGGCGUGGACAAGGUGGCCAUCGCUUUGAGUGAAUCGCAAACGAUUGAGGACUUUGGUGCCGCCCUUCGACUAAUGAGAUCCGAUUUGGAACACUUGCGCUCCGUAUUCAUGGCUGUGGAGAACGGGGAUCUGGGUAUGCUGAAAUCGCUGGGCAUCAAGGACUCGGAACUGGGGGAUGUGAAAUUCUUCUUGGAGAAGCUGGUGAAUACCGGCUUCCUUGACUGAGUAGCGCCAGAUCCGGCUUCUGGAUUUUAUUAUGCCCAUGCACAGCCCAUCAGUCCUAAUUUCUAUUCGUAUUUGGGUACGCCCUAUGAUAAUUACAAUUAUUAAAUGCGAAUGCACUCACCGAAACACCCAACAACCACUCACCAAAACACUCAUUUUCAUUCCCAUGCCAUUAGAUAUUUUCUCAAACUUUCUUUAUGCUUUCUGAUUACUCUCUUCUCUCUUAAAUCUCAAUUUUCCUUUCCUUUG